CUUCAGUAUUUAUUUAUUUACAAAAAUCGUUACCUUCCUGCGAAAUUGAAAUCCGAUUCCAUAUUAAUAUGGGAAAGAUCGUAGAAGGCUGAAUAAAGUAGUCGCUUGUGGACGAUCGAUAAAGUAUAUUGCUCUUUCUGGAGCUCUAUCAGUAUUAUUUUCUCGUACGUACCCACAGUUGAAGGCUUUCUCUUCUCCAAGAGCAGAAGGGGAAGCUUAGCUAAACUCUUGCCUCUAUUCACAUGACGCGGCCUAUCGAACCUGUUCUUCUCAGAAAGUGAAAAUCUUUUGCAAUCUUAAUCUGAGAGACGAUUGGUGGGGUUGAUGUGGUAUAGAGAUUCUUCUACAUGCACUAGGGCAUGAUUACCUCUAAGCACCUCUGUUUUGAGUCUAUUUCCAUAGCUCCAACAUUGCUGAUCGUAAUUUUGAUGUAGGAGAGCUGAGAGAUGGACGGGACUCUCUUGGACUUAACUAUUCAUCCCUCUGGGUCAACACAAUCGGAGGAGUCAUCCUUGGACCUAGAAAGGAACUACUGUGGUCAUCCUAAUCCUUCAUCAAGUCCAUUGCCCUGGCAACCUUUUGCAUCAGGUGCUCAACAUUCUGAGAGCAAUGCUGCCUAUUUUUCUUGGCCCACGUUGAGUAGGUUAAAUGACACAGCAGAAGACAGGGCCAAUUAUUUUGGAAACCUUCAAAAGGGAGUACUACCUGAAACCUUGGGUCGCUUGCCAACAGGACAGCAAGCUACUACCUUGCUUGAACUGAUGACUAUCAGGGCUUUCCAUAGCAAGAUCCUGCGUCGAUUUAGUCUUGGGACUGCAAUUGGAUUUCGGAUGAGAGGGGGUGUCUUGACUAAUAUUCCAGCUAUCCUUGUUUUCGUUGCCCGUAAAGUUCACAGGCAAUGGCUCAACUAUGUCCAAUGCUUACCUGCUGCACUUGAGGGCCCUGGAGGUGUUUGGUGUGAUGUAGAUGUUGUUGAGUUCUCCUAUUAUGGCGCUCCUGCAGCAACUCCCAAAGAACAAUUAUACACAGAGCUUGUUGAUGGCUUAAGGGGAAGUGAUCCAAUCAUUGGCUCUGGUUCUCAGGUUGCAAGCCAAGAGACAUAUGGAACCUUGGGAGCUAUUGUGAAAAGCCGAACAGGAAAUCAACAGGUUGGCUUCCUUACAAAUCGCCAUGUAGCUGUUGAUUUGGACUACCCAAACCAGAAAAUGUUUCAUCCAUUGCCACCCAGCCUUGGACCAGGUGUUUAUCUUGGUGCAGUUGAGAGGGCAACAUCAUUUAUCACUGAUGAUCUUUGGUAUGGCAUUUUUGCUGGAACAAACCCAGAGACAUUUGUGCGAGCUGACGGGGCCUUCAUCCCAUUUGCUGAGGAUUUCAAUGUGAAUAAUGUAACGACAUCUGUAAAAGGUGUGGGUGAGAUUGGUGAUGUCAAUAUCAUAGACUUGCAGUCACCAAUAAACAGUCUCAUUGGGAGGCAGGUGAUUAAAGUCGGAAGAAGUUCUGGUUUGACUACAGGGACUAUAAUGGCCUAUGCCUUAGAGUACAAUGAUGAGAAAGGGAUUUGUUUUCUCACUGAUUUUCUUGUUGUCGGUGAGAACCAGCAGACAUUUGACCUUGAAGGUGACAGUGGAAGCCUCAUUCUCUUGACUGGUCAGAAUGGGGAGAAGCCACGGCCUGUGGGCAUUAUCUGGGGUGGGACAGCUAAUAGGGGACGCUUGAAAUUAAAAGUUGGCCAACCACCAGAGAAUUGGACUAGUGGAGUUGAUCUAGGCCGACUCCUUGAUCUCCUGGAACUUGAUCUCAUAACAACAAAUAAAGCACUCCAAGCCGCAAUACUGGAGCAAAAGAGUGGUUCCACGGUAGGAAAUGAUUCUACAUUUGGAGAGUCCUCUUCCACUGUUCCUUCAAGCUUUGAGCCUUUUCGCUUGAACAUCCAGAAAGUUCCUGUUGAAGAUGAACCUUCCCGAGGACCCAACCCACCAUUAAGAUCGAAUGAAUUUCAUGUCAGAAAUGUAGAACACCAGUUCAUUCCUAGUUAUGGAGGCAAGUCUCCAGUACAUAAAAGCUACCAAGAAAGAGACCACCUAGACUUGCAAAAUCUUUCGGCAUUACGGAGUGGCCCUGAUGAAGAUGGUUCUGUUUCCUUGCGUUUGGGAGAGCCUGGAGCAAAGAGAAGAAAGCAAUCAAACUCUUCUUUUACCAUUGAAGAAUUAUAAUCAAGUAAUAAGAAAUACCACGGUAUAUUGACCCAUUGAAGCAACCGUAUGGCUUUUAGAAAUCGCCUUCGGAUAGGAUGGAGGUGGUUUUGAAAAGGAAGGUUAAAUUAUCAGUUGAUGUCCUUCUGGAUGAUUCUUUUUCUUUUUUCAUCUUGCCCGGUGAUGAUAAUAGGUAACAUGAUAAUUACUAUAUAAUAUUUUAUAGUGGAGAUUUAGCUAGCACUGUGUAAUCCGCGAUGUCUAUCUACACUACUACUUUUGAUGUGUAGGAUUUGUAUCAUAAGGACAUCUGGAAGGGGAAGAACUAUAAUCCCUAUUGUAAUUGUAAGUUAAAAUGAAGGACUGAAAUAUAUAUCCUUGCCAAGCAGCAGCAUUUUCUUCA